UUUGUCAAUGUGAAAAAACCGCCAAUUUUUCCCUUCUUUAACCGUUCGUUUUCCUAUUAUUAAUUUGCCUGCAUAUUCCACAUUUUGCUUGUCUGCAGUUACUUUCUUCCUUAUAUUAUUUAUUUUAGGAAAGCGUAGUUUUCCAUGCAAAACUACAAUUUCUAAAAAAUGAUGAAAACUGACGUAAAAAAAGUUUUUAUCCAAGUAGACACUGCUGAAACAGACCCAGUAGAGCAGGAAAAUGUUAAGAACACCAGGAAAGGAUUGAAGAUGCUCCAGCCCAAGGCUGGAAAUGAAGAGAAUUUGGUUGGUAGAACCAUCAAGGACAUAAAAAAGAUAGGAAAUCCAGUUAAAAAAGCCAAACCUUUGCUCAUGCACAAAGAAACCCAAACAGAAAAAUACAUCACCAGUCUCGAUGACUUGACAGGAGAAGAAGCUUCUGCUGACUACUGGAAAAGGUUGGCUGAGAAAAGGCAAGAAUCUCUUGAUGAAAGUCUCCAAGAGAUUGAAAAACUAAAAUGUGAUAUUGAAGUUCUCCAGGAAGAAAAUAAAAUAUGUAAAGAAAUGCUUGAAGAGUCCAAAACUCUUGUUGAAGUAUUACAGGAAAUGAUUAAAGAGGGCGAAGAAGAUGAGAAAGAAGAAGUGGAAGAAGAACCUACUCCAAAGGCUGAACAUGACUCAGAUAGCUCUGUGUAACUAGUAAUAGAACAAAAUCUUAUUCAUAGAUUGUUUUUGAAUAUUUAGGGUUAAGAUAGAUUUAAAAUAAAGAUAUGAGUGCCUUAACUGUAAGUACCUUGAAAGCAAGUUAUUAAGACUAUUGUCAUGUCAACUUUUAUAAUCAUAAAAGUUUAAUUUUAAACCAUAUGACUUGCUUCCUAUUCAUAAUGUUAAUGACCAAAGCAUCAUACUGAUAGUGUUUGGCAUCACAUUUUAUAACUUUAAUGUUUUUUUUAGUAGUUUAUAGAUUUACCAAUUAAUAGUUUAUUUUAUUAUUCUUGGCAACGUUUAUUUUUGUAUUGAUAAGUUAAAUAAAGUAUCAUUGAUUAAGUUAA